AUGAGAAGAGGAGAAUUGAACAACAGCGAGAAACAGUCUUCGUCUCUAGAAGAGGGAGAGGGAAGGCCUUUCCUACCCCACGUCGCUUUCAUGGGCAUGCUGUAUUUAGUGUACCUGGUGGAGUGUUAUCACUCGCCUAUCAGAAUCGACCUGCUGCACGCCGAUAGCGUCCUGACGAAAUUGUCUCAAUUGAGGCUUGCUCAACCCACUAUAUGGUGGAAGGCGAUUUCGUAUCAUUACGUGCGCCGGAAACGUCAGAUUACUCGGUACAGGAAUGGCGAUAAUUACACGACCACUCAGGUGUACUACGAGAGGGUGAACACGCACGCGGCCACUUCGCACUAUUUCUACGACUAUUGCGGCGUAAAGGACAUCAGCAAGGACCUGAUCAUCGACCCGAGGAUCCCGAUCACGAAGAUCACCCUGACGAAAGGGUUCGCCUUCUCGAACAUGAGAUCCGCCACCGAGUUCGAGGAGGCCAGGUCGAGGUUCUUCGCCGAACAGGAACUUAGGGACGAUUACAUGGAAAUGAGGGAAGGCUUGGAUCUGGGGUACAAUUUCAACACUACGUCGUUGGUAGCGGUCCUUGGGAAUCCGUGGUUUACCAAUUGCUACGUGUACUGGUGCUUGAGCGCACUCUUGCUCAGCUGGCCUCUCAGGAUUAUAAUAGAGUGCAACACUCAGUAUGCGGACUAUCAGAUAACCAAAAUCUUCGGGGUUAAUUACGACACCCCCCUUGAUGGCGAGCCGAUACACGCGUCUUCCAGUCAGCUGAGUGCCCCAGGAUCAUACAUGUUAGCGCCGAGCUACAGCGAGGCUCUCUUGAUGGAGCCAUCGGUGGGUCCUGAUCAAAAUCAGGAGACAGAAAUGGUACCGAGUUAUUCCGAGGCACUGCUCUAUGAGAGGGCCCAAGAGAUGACUCCCUGCGAGAUCGUCGUCGAGAACCCAGAGACCGAGGAAGCUCCAACGAUAAACUGCGGCUGCCCCUGUCACGGGAUGGACUCGGAAAGUUGUAGGUCUUAUAGGAGUUUGCCGGACAACGCGGAGCUCAGCGACGAGAGGUCCUCGGCAGACCCUCGAGAGAGGCUGGAGGAAAGUGCCGACGAGAUGGAACGAGCUCCUCAGUCCGUGGUCUACAAUGUGGACACGACCGAGGAGGAGCCGACUUCCUCCGAUCGCCUCGCAACUCGGCCCAGCAGAUCAAAUGACUGUACCAAUUGUAAAGAGUCAGCGAGACAAUUGGCAUUCGGUCCAGAGGCGAGCUCCAGACCCGUGGGCCACGUCCGACAGAGCUCUUUGGAAGGUCUGCAAGAUAGAAGGCCAGAGAGGAAGAGCAUACCUAGGGAGAUUUCGGAGCCGAAUCUGAGGUCGAGCUCGGAGCUGAUGACCGCCAGCACGCAGUUCCUCAUGGCGAACGGGCGCAGCUUGGAGAACAUUUUGGAGAAGGAGGAAGCCGACGCGGAGGGGCUCAGGACGAACCCAGAGGGGCUCAGGGCGAACCAGGAGAGAGCCGAGGCCCUGGUCCUGGAGGACGAGGCUUUGCUGGACUCGAAGUCCGUUCCUUCCUUAAACUGGAGCCAGAGUCGAGGAGCCAUCCCGAAACGGGUGGAGAUCAGCAAGAGAGUCACCGUGAACCCCAUGUCCGACGUGGGAAAGAAGAUCCCCAGCUCCAGGACCUACUUCUGCCUCAAGUCCAUCUUGAAGCAGAACAAGAGGAGGUACACCCUGGUCACGGCAGACGAGCUCCAGAGCCUCGCGGCCGAGGAGCACGACAGGUGCGGCUUCGCCUUGAAGAAGCCCUUGCCAACCUUCGGCCCUGGGCAGUCCCUGGGUCCAGGGUGCAGCAGGGACUGCUGCGGUAUAGUCAACGGAGACAAAUUCCGGCUUAACUGGAGCUCCAGGGAGAGCCUGGACAGUCUUUCCGCCCCCAGGAGGAAACAACUCCUCCGAGAGAACGGGGUGUACCGCAGAGACCACAGGGCGAUGGACCAGAAGCGCGAGAACUCCAGGACCCUGAUCUUCGCGAGCCCGAUCCAGGAGGUCUGUCCCGAGGAUCCCUUUGGAGGGAAGAACCUGGUGCCCAGCGAGAACCCUCCGGACUACGAGGAGGCCCUGAACUUCCCUGCUUUAUCCCGGCUGAGAAGGUCCUUCACCGAGAGGGAGGUCCUCGAAAGAUCCGGGAACUGCAGGAAACACCAGCGUACUCUCAGCGUGGAGCCGGAGGACUUGUUCCCUGGUCGGUACCGACUGGCUGAUACGGCGAAUCACUACAGGAACGUCGUUUCCUUUCCGCAGUACGAGGGCAGGGUGUCCUCCAGGGAUGCCAGGAUCCUCGUACCGAGCAAUAAUCGGCUCCCGGUCGAUCAUAACGCCUCCACGCAGGACCAAACUCGGGUGUUCGUGCACGCCAGCGACCUGGCCGAGCAUUCGGCGGAUCCUCGUUCGGAUCCCUCCAGGGAGAGGCUCUCCAAGUUGAGGAGGUCCCUCACCGAGAGGAGGUCCACCUCCAAGUCGAGGAGGGCCGACAGGCACCUGCGUAGGAGCUUCACCGAGAGGGUCGAGUUCGCCUGCGGGACCGGCACCGGGAGGCGAACCAACCUCAACAUGGAGACCUCCUUAUAA